GAUCUAAGCUACCGUCUGGGGGCGAGAGCUGGGGGACCUGGGUAGCUGGGUUGGUAGCUCCUGCCUACUGUGCGGUGUGAAGACAUGGCUCAUGGGCAGAGCCGAGGAGCUGCGCUGCUACAGCUCCUGCAACUUCUGUGGCUGCUGCCCCACUCCAGGGCCAUCCCUGAAGCUCCUACUCCAGUGUGGCGGGAUGACCUGCAGAACCACACGUUCUUGCACACGGUGUACUGUCAGUAUGGGAGUCCCGGCGUGGGGCUCUCUGAGACCUAUGAUGAGGACCAGCUUUUCUCCUUCGACUUUUCCCGCAACACCCGAGUUCCUCGCCUGCCUGAAUUUGCCAAGUGGACUGAGGAACAGAGCGAUGCCUCUGCUAUCUUAUUUGACACAGGCUUCUGCCAGAUGAUGAUCCAGCAAAUAGGCCCAAAGCUUGAUGGGAAAAUCCCAGUGUCCAGAGGGUUCCCUAUCGCUGAGGUAUUCACAAUGAAGCCCCUGGAGUUUGGCAAGCCCAACACGCUGGUCUGUUUUGUCAGUAAUCUCUUCCCACCCACGUUGACGGUGAACUGGCAGCAUCACUCCACCCCCGUGGAAGGAGUUGGGCCCACUUUCGUCUCAGCCAUUGACGGACUCACCUUCCAGGCCUUUUCUUACUUAAACUUCACCCCGGAACCCUCUGACAUUUUCUCCUGCAUAGUGACUCAUGAAAUUGACCGCUACACAGCAAUUGCCUAUUGGGUGCCCCGGAAUGCACUGCCCUCAGAUCUCCUGGAGAAUGUGCUGUGUGGCGUGGCCUUUGGCCUGGGUGUGCUGGGCAUCAUUGUGGGCGCUGUCCUCAUCAUCUACUUCCGCAAGCCUUGCUCAGGUGACUGAUUCUUCCCGACCAGAGUUUGAUGCCAACAGCUUCAGCCAUCCAAACAGAGAGUGCUCAGGUUUCUUACAUCCUGCCCAGGAUGUCUCCUUCUCAGGGGGGAAGAGGUCCCUGGGAUCCCCCAGGGCUUACGUGUGUGGGUUUCCCAAAUGGGGGCUCUGCUGUCUCUGGGCCUGCAUCCCAGGGAGCCCAGAGUGGGCUGCUUGUCACAACCACGUCCCUUCUCCCUUCAAGGCAAUAAAUCUCGUUUCU